AUGUCACCAGUAUCUUUCUGCGAUCUGAAAUUAACCAUUUUAUAUUUCACACAAACAUUUAAAAACGCAGAGAAGUAGUAAUAACAAUGUGGGAUGUGGUGGGAUUAAGUUUAGUAGCUUUGCUAGUAAUAUACUUAACUUACUGGAUUAACCAAUGGAGGAAUCCAAAAUGCAAUGGGGUUCUCCCUCCGGGUUCUAUGGGAUUGCCUCUCAUUGGAGAGACUCUUAGUUUGCUUACUCCCUGCUACUCCCUUGAUCUUCAUCCAUUCCUUAAGAAGAGACUCCAAAGAUACGGACCCAUUUUUCGGACUAGUUUGGUGGGCAAGCCAGUUCUCGUAUCAGCUGAUCCCGAAUUUAACAAAUAUGUAAUUCAGCAAGAAGGGAGGAUGGUUGAACUAUGGUACUUGGACACAUUUUCUAAGAUUUUUGUGCUGGAAGGAGAGUCUGGGUUAAAUAAAAUUGGUGUGAUUCACAAGUACUUAAGGAGCAUUUUCCUGAAUCACUUUGGCUCUGAAUGCAUUAAGGAAAAGUUGCUCCCUCAAAUAGAAGAAACUAUCAACAAACAUUUAUGUGCCUGGUCAAGCCAGGAAUCUGUUGAAGUGAAAAAUGCAAUCUCAGUUAUGGUUUUAAACUUUAGUGCACAACAUAUGAUCGGUUAUGAUGCCAAAACAGCUCCCGAAAACCUGGGUGAGGGAUAUCAUAGAGUCACCCAAGGUUUUAUGUCCUUCCCCUUGAAUGUUCCUGGCACAGCUUACCAUAAUUGUAUAAAGGUCCAUGAGAAGCUGACAACCAUGUUGAGGAAUAUGAUAAGGGAGAGACGCAAGUCACCUGAGAAGCGCCGAGGAGAUUUCCUUGACCAAGUCAUCACCGACAUAGAUCAAGAGAAGUUCUUGUCGGAGGACUUCUGUGUACACAUGAUAUUUGGGGGCUUAUUUGCUACCUUUGAUGCUAUUUCAACAGUAUUGACAUUAUUUUUCAGUUUACUUGCAGACCAUCCUGUGGUUUUACAAGAGCUGACAGCUGAGCAUGAGGCACUGCUCAAAAAUAGAGAAAACCCAAAUUCUGCACUUACAUGGGAUGAAUAUAAAUCGAUGACUUUUACCCUUCAAGUUAUCAAUGAAACUCUGAGGCUGAGUAAUGCUAUCCCAGGCUUGUUUCGUAGAGCAUUGAAGGAUAUCCCGGUAAAUGGAUACACAAUACCGGCUGGGUGGACGAUUUUGCUUGUUACCCCUGCUCUUCAUUUAACUUCCGACACGUUCAAGGAUCACUUGGAGUUCAAUCCAUGGCGUUGGAAGGACCUUGAUUCCCUUGUUAUAUCUAAGAACUUCAUGCCGUUUGGUGGCGGAUUAAGGCAAUGUGCUGGGGCUGAGUACACCAGAGCGUUCUUGUCCACCUUUCUUCAUGUUUUGGUCACCAAAUAUAGGUGGACAACUGUAAAAGGCGCACGGAUUUCUCGAAGUCCUAUGUUGGCAUUCGGGGAUGGCGCUCACAUUAAGUUCUCUGAGAAGAAAAACAACUGAGAUGUUAUUCUGAUUCUGUAUGGAAAAUAUGAAAAAUGUAGUUGGAAUAAUUUAGGGCUGGCCCAAAGCAGGUGGAUGCUAUGCGCUUGCAUACUAAGGUGCCGCCCUCUAGUUAUAGAAUGUACUAGAAAAUUGUCCGCACGUUGCUCGGGUUUUGAAUCCUUAAUGCAAGACAGGCAUGAAUAAUUUCGACAAAAAGACGGAGGAUGUGAAGCUUAUAUACCGAAGGUUUCUAUUCUUGUACAUCUAAACAAUAAAAUGAAGAAAGAAAAAUUCACCAAAAAAA